AGGCGGAGAUCGCAUCUGGAUCGAAGUCAGCCUCGUACCCCAGGAGAGCUGCUUGCCCUUUUCCGGUAUCCACGAGACCCCUACACAGUGGAGCAGGCGCGUGCCGGGGAGAUCUUCGAGCAGACGCUUCUGCUCAUCCAGAACCACGUCAACCAGGGUCUCAUGGUGGACACCAACGGCACAGCAUUUCGCUACAACGACCUGGUGUCCCCUCACUUCCUGGAGGUCAUUGCCAACCUGUCCGGCUGCACGGCCCACCGUCGCUUCAACAACUGCUCUGACAUUUGUUUCCACCAGAAGUACCGCAGCCACGACGGGACCUGCAACAACCUGCAGCACCCCAUGUGGGGCGCUUCACUCACAGCCUUUGUGCGCCUGCUGAAGUCUGUCUAUGAUAAUGGUUUCAACCUGCCGAGAGGUGCUACUGGGCAGCUGCAUAAUGGACACAGUCUGCCUCUGCCCAGGCUGGUUUCCACCUUCAUGAUGGGCACAGAGACCAUCACCCCUGAUGACCGAUACACCCACAUGCUCAUGCAAUGGGGUCAGUUUCUAGACCACGAUAUGGACUCGACAGUGGCAGCCCUCAGCCAGUCGCGGUUCUCCGACGGCCAGCUGUGUACGCAGGUCUGCACCAAUGACCCGCCCUGCUACCCAAUCCAGUUUCCACCCAAUGACCCUCGGCAGCUGCGGAGUGGCGCCCGCUGCAUGUUCUUUGUCCGAUCCAGCCCUGUGUGUGGCAGCGGGAUGACUUCCCUUCUCAUGAACAGCGUUUACCCGAGAGAGCAAAUCAACCAGCUGACCUCUUACAUCGACGCCUCAAAUGUUUACGGCAGUUCACGGCACGAGUCAGAGGAAAUCCGCGAUUUGGCAAGCCAAAGGGGUCUGCUCCGGCAAGGUAUCAUCCAGCGAACAGGGAAGCCUCUUCUUCCAUUUGCUUCUGGGCCACCCACCGAGUGCAUGAAGGACGAAAAUGAGAGUCCAAUUCCAUGUUUCUUAGCUGGAGAUCACCGAGCCAAUGAGCAGCUCGGUCUGACCGCCAUGCACACGUUGUGGUUCAGAGAACACAACCGCAUAGCCACAGAGCUCCUGAGACUGAACCCCCACUGGGACGGAGACACCAUCUACCACGAGGCCAGGAAGAUAGUGGGGGCCCAGAUGCAGCACAUCACCUACAGUCACUGGUUGCCAAAGAUCCUGGGUGAUGCAGGCAUGAAGUUGAUGGACACAUACACCGGUUACAACCCAAAUAUUAACACCGGCAUCCUAAAUGCUUUCGCCACUGCUGCUUUCCGCUUCGGGCACACCCUCAUCAACCCAAUACUGUACAGGUUAGACGAGGACUUCCAGCCCAUCCCCCAGGGACACAUCUCCCUGCACCGGGCCUUCUUCUCUCCGUUCCGCAUCGUGAAUGAGGGCGGAAUCGACCCACUCCUUCGCGGGCUCUUUGGUGUCGCUGGUAAAAUGAGGGUUUCCACUCAGCUGGUGAAUACAGAGCUGACGGAGAGGUUGUUCUCCAUGGUCCACGCUGUGGCUCUGGAUCUGGCUGCUCUGAAUAUUCAGAGAGGGAGGGAUCACGGUAUACCACCGUACAAUGAUUACAGGACCUUCUGCAACCUAACCUCAGCACAAACAUUUGAUGACCUUAGGAAUGAGAUUAAGAAUCCUACUGUCAGAGAGAAACUGCAGAGGCUAUAUGGCACUCCUCUGAACAUCGAUCUGUUCCCUGCACUGAUGGCUGAAGAUCUGGUCCCUGGCAGUAGACUGGGGCCCACCCUCAUGUGUCUGCUGGCAACUCAAUUCAAGCGCCUACGGGAUGGAGACAGGUUCUGGUAUGAAAACGCGGGCGUGUUCUCUCCUGCCCAACUGACACAGUUGAAGCAGGCCUCUCUGACACGGGUGCUGUGUGACAACGGGGACAACAUCACACGCGUCCAGCACGACGUCUUCAGGGUGGCCGAGCUGCCCCACGGCUACGGCAGCUGUGAGGACGUCCCUCAGAUCGACCUGCGCAUGUGGCAGGACUGCUGUGAAGACUGCAGAACUAAGGGUCAGUUCAACGCCCUGUCGUACCACUUCAGAGGACGCCGGUCAGCUGAGCACAGCUACAAAGAGGAGGCACCCGCAGACAGCGUCCAGGAAACCAGACUGUUGGAGGAAGCUGUAGAAAGUCCUGUGAAGGUAGAUGAGACCUCCAAAAAAAGCACUGAACCAUCAAUGAACGACUUCCAGGGCUUUGUUACCGAUAUGCAGAAGACGAUCACAAGUUUACGAAAGCAGAUUAAAAAGCUUGAGGGCCGUCUGAGCAAGACUGACUGCACUGACAGUGAGGGACGUGAUCGGACUGAUGGAGAUCGGUGGAAAAAGGACUCUUGCACCACAUGUGAAUGCAGAGACACCCAGGUGACCUGCUUUGUGGAGUCCUGUCCACCGGCCGAGUGCAAGCAGCCUGUCAAGCUAAAAGGAGCCUGCUGCCCUCUGUGCUUUCCACAGGCUGUUGUUAAGAAGCAGCAAGAAGCAGGCACUCGCCACGAAUAAACCCUCAGGACCCACCCGCCCACACUCUAGUGGCUGAGAGUCACACACAGACAUACAGAGAGAGGAUGGGACUCAUGAAGGUGUGCCAACCCACUGCCACCAAUAUCCUCAAUUGACCCAAUAGCCUCAGUUUUUCUUUUCAUUUUGUAUUAUUAUUUCCGUUGAUGGGGGAAGGGGGUGACUAUAUUUAAAUGUUUGGAUUGUUGCCCCCACCAGGGCCAGCAGCCUGAGGCUCGGUUUGAAAUGGUCUGGCUGCCGGCCAGAGAUCACUAAAUGGAUUUAUUUCCUGAACCGAUGAAUGGGUGGAUUGUAAACACGACGGACAAACCUCUCCUCCUGUGCUCAGUGUAACAAACAGCCGCUGUGUUUUUUCUCCUGCCAAUAACACUUGUGACAAAACACAGGGCCAGUCGCCGUCGACCAGCAGGAAAGGGAAGUAGAUUGAAAAGCGGCAGCCAUCUUGUUGUUUCUCAGGUUAGAGAUGCCGAAAACUGGUGCUAUUUCCCCUUUGUUAUUAAUGAUUUAAUCACUAAAUACAAACCUUAAAAGUAUUGUUUUUGUAUACAAAGCAACCUUUAUACACUGAGUAUAUGCCUUUUUAUAAUAAAUCACAAAUGAGAGGAUGGUUUCAUUCAAACUGAGACUUUCUAUAAAUAGAGAUUUCAUCUUUUAAUCCAAGGUGCUUUAUAUCAUGUUAUUAAUAUGUUUUUCCCUCCCUUUUUAUUUUAAAAUGCUUACAUAUGAAGAUAAUGUGAAGCCCUAGGAAAAUGUUUGUAACGCAAAAGAGAUGUCUACUGAUCACUGCUCCUCUAUACCUGGACAACCUGUCGGCUGUCCUGAACUUGAGUGAGGUGGAGCCGUGUAGCACUCCCCAUUGCAGGACACUCAAAACCAGCUCUUGCACAUUUGUGCUCCUUUCCAACUUUCAUUUUGCUUUCAGAAAGCAGUAAGAGAAAAUCCCUUUUUUUACCACUGCAAUCUCAAGAACUAUGUCCCAGUAUUCUCUUCAGUCUCAAAUGCGUGAUUAAGUUACUUCUAAAAAUGAAAUUAAUAGCACAUGUUUAUCUAUGAAACUCUGUACAAAUGUUGUAAUGAGGUCAGGAUUUGGUACUGCUAGCUCUACCACGGCAGUAUUCUCCUUUGGGCCUGGUCACAGAUUGUUGUUAUUCAUGUAUUGUGUUUUGUCCACCGACUACACACUAUUGAAGGACUGCUACCAUAACUGUUGACUGUUCCUCUCUGCCGUGCUGGACCUGCAGCUCCAGUUUAGACAAGGACACGCUUGCACCCAUUUCUUUCUCAGGCCUCCGCUUUGACUCAAUCUUUUCCCUUUCUUCUCAUGUGUGUUCAGAUUUCCCCUGUGAGCACCGUCUUCAGUGUUGAUAUAGGUUAGGAAUGCUUGUCCUGCUCAUGUUUCUCUGCCAUGUUGAAGAUUUUGAGACCGGGGUGACGUCAUUCAGCAGAGCAUGUGUUGAGCACAGCCUUCUCCAGCGCUCUGACCCUCAUUCCGCUCUAAUGGAAGCCAUAUGAGAGGGGAAGCAAGGGUAUUGUAGGGGGAGGGGCACUCAUGAUCGGGAUACAGUGUCAAUCAAAACAUGACUCCACCAUCCUGCUAUUGUGAAAUGUAUUCCACUGACCGCCCACAUGGACUGUAUUAGACUGUACACCCUUUGUACGCCGUGCACUGGCCACUCAGUGAAGCCUGCGUCACCUUUUUGUUUUCCUGUUUUUAUCCGCUCAUAAUUCUGGAGAAGUGGCUGCAGGGUUCCUUUCCAUUGUUUUCUUUCUGAGUAAUGUCCUGAGCGAGCAUCUGUCACUAAACAGGGAUAAUGCUCUCUGGAAUCUUCCCUGCAGGAUUCCACAUGGAUUACUGGGCUGGCAGCAGCACUGGUGAACUGUUACCAUAUCAAUGUUCAAAUGUACUGGUCAGGUUUGUGUUUACAGCCUUUAAAAUCUGUUUUCCUCUCUCAAUCACUUUCUGAUGUUCUCUCUAAAACAUAUCUUGUGCUCAAAUGUUAAUGAAUUUUGUAUUUUUCAUUUAUAUCCAUAAACGUGUAUGAAUGACUGUCAGGCUAAAUGCAUUUUGGCAAGUGUCCCAUGUUUUGGCUGUCAAAGCACUGUGAGCUUUCAUGUUACCUGUCAGCGUAGUCACAUAUCUGUUGUAUUAGUUCUUUUUUUUUCUCUAAUGUUUUCAUCAUAGUUCCCUUGUUUUUUUUAUUCCUCCCAAGAAAGUAUCAAUGGAUGCACUGCUCUGCAAGACUGAACAUGCUUUACCUACACUGUCCCUUAGCCAGUGCUCUAUGUGGAUAUAUAUUAGUACCUAUCAUGACAAUUGUAUUGUACGUAUGCCAAAGAAUGGUUUGCACUGUAAUGUAUGUAUGCCUCUCCAUAGUAAUAAUUAAUAAAUAAAUAAGCCACAUGUUAAUUA